GAAGGGGGGUGUUGCUGGCUGGCUGGCUGGCGCGGGGCUGGCCCGGCGGGAGAGCCGCCGCGAGAGGAGCCGCCCCCUCGGGGUGCAGGAGCCGCCGCCUCCCCCUCCCCCUUGGGGGCCCCUCCCGCUUCCACCGAGCCAGGGCGCGGCCAGGCCGGACAAAGGGAACGGGUUCCUGGACCCCGGCGGGGAGAGAAGGAGGCGGCGGCGAGGGCCCCUCUGAGCAUGGGUAGAGGGCGCCCGCCCUAAGGGCGCAGCCCCAGAAAAGCCAGCCAUCGCCCCUCCUGUGUUUGUGUUUCAGAAAGAUAAAGCACAGAAGUCCCUUGCAGAGCAAAAAGCGGUGUCGGAUUCAGGCAAGGACCCCCAGGGAGAAGCAGAGUCUCCUUGGCGGCUUAUGGGUCACCCCAAAUCACCAGGGGAGUGCAACUUUGAGGCUCCCGCCCCCCCAGUGGCCGAAACCCGUAUUGCUCCGGUCCGACCGGGACUGGCAAGGAGGUCAGCAGAUGGGUCAAGUCCAGAAGACGGGGAAGAGUCUGACCGAGAGGAUGGCAGUUACUGCCCUCCUGUGAAGCGCGAAAGGACCUCUUCUCUGACGCAGUUCCCGCCUUCCCAGUCUGUAACAAAGAACAAUGUCUUCAUGCCUUCGAGUUUAUGCGAGCCUUCAGCGGGGAACUCUGACUCUGAGCCAGAGGAAAAAAGCACUGGAUUCAGGUUGAAACCACCCACUCUCAUCCAUGGCCAGGCGCCCAGCGCAGGGGUCCCCAGCCAGAAACCGAAGGAACAGCAGCGGAGUGUCUUGCGUCCAGCAGUAUUGCAGGCCCCCCAGCCAAAAGCUUUCUCACAAACAGUUCCAAGCAGCGGAACUAACGGUGUAAGUAUCCCUCCGGAUCCCGCAAUGGCCACAUCUGAAUCCACAAGUAACGCCACACCGAAAAGCCCCGCUUCGGAGGAGAAGGAGAAACCGUGUCAGAAAAAUGACUCCAACAACACGUUGGAAGCGGACAAGACAGACCAGAAUGCGCAACAGUCCUUUGUAUUUGGGCAAAACCUAAGAGACCGUGUGAAGCUAGGAGACGAAGGCGACGACUCCACUGACAUGCAAAACGCCCGGCUGCCAAACUCCGAGGCGCCUUCGGCCACAAACUACUUUCUACAGUACAUCAGCACCAGCAUAGAAAACUCUACGCACAGCGCCGAGGCCUCCAGCAACAAGUUUGUGUUUGGACAGAACAUGAGCGAGCGAGUAUUGAGUCCACCCAAAUCAGGCGAGGCCAGUACAGACAGCAACAAAGAAAAUGCUGGUGGCGAUUCGGGGUCUGAAUCCUCGUCACAAGAAGCUACCCCAGAGAAAGCCAAUAACAUUUCAGAGUCACUCGCCGAGUCUGCGGCAGCCUACACAAAGGCGACAGCCAGGAAGUGUCUUCUGGAGAAGGUGGAGGUGAUCACGGGGGAGGAAGCUGAAAGCAAUGUCCUGCAGAUUCAAUGCAAGCUGUUUGUCUUUGACAAGAACUCCCAGUCUUGGGUGGAACGAGGGCGAGGGCUCCUGAGGCUCAACGACAUGGCAUCCGCAGACGAUGGGACGCUCCAGUCACGCCUGGUGAUGAGGACGCAAGGCAGCCUGCGGUUAAUCCUGAACACCAAACUGUGGGCUCAGAUGCAGAUUGAUAAAGCUAGUGAAAAGAGCAUCCGGAUCACGGCCAUGGACACAGAGGACCAAGGCGUAAAAGUGUUCCUCAUAUCGGCCAGCUCUAAAGACACGGGCCAGCUCUACGCCGCUCUACACCAUCGGAUCCUGGCCUUGCGGAGCCGGGUGGAACAGGAGUCGGAAGCCAACAGCACAGUGCCAGAGCCAGAGGUGACCCAGUCUAACGAGGAAGACAGCGACGACGAUGUCCUUGCCCCUUCGGGAUCGCCCGGGGACGGUCCUACCACUGAAGGGGACGGGCCAACAGCUGGCAGCUCAUAGCAGCCACGAUCUGCCCUGCUUGCAAGAGCUGCUGCCACCCACACUCUCCGGCAGGUCCACCCCAGGCCUACUCUUGCUCCAGGCAGUGACGGAAGCGCUGGAGAUUGAAGAACUCUGCGUCCCUCUUCUGUUUUUUUUGUUUUGGUUUUUGUGCGUUGGAUUUUUGGGGGGGUCGGAUCAGUUGAUUCCAUAUUAAAACAAAACAAAACACAGCAGACUUUGGACAAAACUGGCUGAAUGUGGUUUUGGGACAUUUAAAAAAAUGCUCAUCAUAUUGAUGAGCAAGGGAGAAAUAGACCAUUGUCCUCCUUGCCCCCCUCCCUCCCCCCUUACACACUUGCAAUUAGUUGUGGGGGGGGAAGGCGCAUUGAGACUUGCCACAGCUUGCCCCCGGGGCCUCUUGACUCGCUCUGUCUCGUCCCGCUGGCAUCAACCCUCCCUGCGCAGCCACCGUUUGAAUUCGUCUUUCGCGGUCCUCGCCACCUUCGCCUGUCGCCCCUGCCGGAUUUCAGCUGGAAGACGUUUUCUUUUAAAAAACUUUUGCCCCAGUGGAACUUCACGGAUGCUGUUGUCUCUCAUCUGAAGGGCAUCACUUUGGGUGGUUUUCUCCUCUCUCCUUCCCUGUCCCGCCCCAACACUGUGGCUCGUGAAGAGAGCUGUUUGCCGAGUCUGAAAAAGAAGUUUAAACUCGGGGGGGGGGGGCUUUUUUGUUGUUGUUGCUAACUCUUCUUUCCUCUGAAGAAGUUCUCUGGUGGUGAUAACCUCUUCUUAAAAGAUGUUUCAUUUUGGAUUAGAUUCUCUCGUGUGUUGAGCAAACAGGCCCCCUUCCUCAGUUCUGUUACUCUUGGAGAGAAGCAAAGCCGCUACAUGCGUGCAAUGGUGUUAAUGUGUCAGGGGGUGUGUGCGCAUGUUUUUUCCUCCCUCAUAACCUUUUUAUUUCCUUCUCGCCUUGCCACAGUGCUGAGCAGCUGAUCAUAGGAAGCAGGCUGUCUUGGUGUCUGAAGAGGGUGGUUUGCUUUUCUGAUCCGGGAUCAGCUGCUGAACACGAACACACAGCGAUUUGCCUUGAGCACGUUUUCCCCUUGGAUCAGUUUUGGUGCCUAACAGUUUUAUUUUAGCUCUGCAAACAAGUGAAACUCUCUCCCAAUGGUUGCUGUGUAUUAUUUUUUAAAAUCAAAACAUGCCAGAGUGCCCAGCUUAAAAUCAGUGGUGAUGGGGGCGGGGUUUCCCCCCCCCUUAAUCCCUUUAUAAUUCUUUAUAAAAUUCUUUAUAAUUCUUUAUAAAAGGCUUUUUGCAUGCAGAUAAUAGCUGCUUAGCUUUUUCUGGAUUUUGAUAGGCAGAACAGAGGUGGACGAGGAGUGCAGACCUUCCACCCCCUCUGCACAAGGCGGUAUGCUUUUGGGGUGGUGGUGGUGGUGAGGAUAGGCUUCAGGUCUCCAUAGUUAUGAAUGGGGAAGUCCCAAUAGCUGUUUCUUAGAUCUUGACCACUGUUGUUAACCCCGCUUCAAAUAGGGAAAGGGUACUGCCCAGUUUUGCCCAAGCAUCUGUGCCAGACUUAUCAGCUGCUGCCUUUUAACUGAGGAGGGGACAUAGUGUGAAACCCCAAGGAGGUAGGGCACUGAAUUGGGGUUUUGUACCCAACCUUCUCUGGGCAUCCCCCUGUCUUCCUAUUUUUAAAGGAGCACAGCAGGUCAAGGAAUCCCCUCUCCUGUUCCCUGCCCACCCUGGUGCUUACACCUUUCCAGGCCCUAACUCCUGAAGCCCCUCCAACUUUAAUGCUAAACCCCACCCCAGGCAACAGUGACGUUUGAUGGGAUCAUAACUCUCAGGCUGAGGUUUCUCUGUGUGUGAGAGGAGUGAGGAAGAGAGAAGCAUUCAGCUUGGGUUAGCAAGACAAAAAAACAUUUUUUCUGAAAAUCAGGACUGGAUGGAGCUCAGGUGAGAUUGCUUGGAUGUGGCAGGUUAUGCGCUGAGGGUGCAGGGUGUCAAGAUGUGGGUUUUGAUCUUUUCUGCCCACUUCCUUGGUUCCCUUUGCGUGCGCAUGCGAGAGGUGUGUGUGUGGCAGCCGCAGGGAGCGGAGGAGGAAGGGCGUGACGGCGGCCUCCCUCGAAAUGUUAAUGUUCAGGCGAAUGUGUUUAAAACAGUUCUCACCAUCACCACUGCAGAGUUCAUUCUUUCAGAGGUACAUAUGUAUUAAAACCUUGGCAGCUAUUUAUGGGUGUGGAGGUUUGGAGUUGGGCAGCUCACCUGUGGCAAGAGGAGAUGAUGGAUGGUGUAUUUUUCCCUCCCCCCCCCUUCUUUAUAAAACAAUCACAGUCUCUGUUAUCAUCAUACUUCUUCAACUGGUCAGGAAAAAAACCCCACACUUCCCCCCCCCCCGGGGGGGGGAGCUUUUCCUGAGAACAGAAGAGCUUUGGCCAGAGACAAGACUGUGUUAACUUACUUCUUUUUUUCUGCUUCAAGCCGUUAGCCAACUAGUGACAAGUUAAUUAAAACAAAACAACCAACCCAGAGGAUGCCCGUGUGUUUUGGAAGAUUUCUGUACAAUUGUCAUAUCUGAUGUAUUUGGGAAUUACAUUAAAAAAACAAAACUUGUAACAAUAA